GUGGGAGGAAACAAGUGUUAACGAAAUGGUGUUACCAAAUACUUUUGAAUUGGUAUCAAGCACAAAGAAAGUGUCUAGAAAGAAAAGAUUAUCUACCAACUUACACCCCAACAAGCCAUGUAUGUAUUUCAGAACAAGACGUAGACGAGGGGAACAAUUGGCACAAUGCGUUUGUAAAAGAAAAAAAUGUUUGGGAAACGGAAAAUAAACCUAGAUUUAACUAUAAAUGUUUAGCAAUAGAGUUGAGAAAGGACAAUAACUAUAAAUUGUUGGCUGUUAACUGCACAGACAAAUAUAAGGCUCUUUGUGUGAGGAAAACAACAACAGAGUCAACAACUCAUUCCAAUGCACAGCAAGAAACUACUAACCUAGAAGAUACUGCUAAAACAACAACGGUUUUGGUGACAGUGUCCAGCGACAGAUUAUCAAGAGCAGUAGACAUGCAUAAUCCAACCAGUAAAAACCCGAAAGUUGAACUGUACAUUGCUGUUCCAUUAACAGUAGCAGUUUUGAUUGUAUCUGUAAUAAUCACAGUGAUCUGUAUAAAAAGAAGACGAAAGCGGAAAACAGAUGAAAUCGCGAGGAAUAUGUCCACAGUAUACUAUUCAACAGUACCAGAUGAAGUAACACUUGAAAAAGCUUCCGAUAAUCCUCACGGUGAUGGCAACGGAGCAUGUCUCCUAAAUGAGACAGAUGUUUAUAAUCACUUGGGUGACACAGAUCAGCAAAACCAAACAGAUUUAACUGGACCCGUCUAUGACCAUACCGGUUUAAAAGAUAACGACCAGUACGACAUUUCCAUUAUUUCUGAGAAGCGGAUGAAUAAAGAUGGCGACGAUUUUAAUCAUUACGAUUUAAUGCAAGUUAGCACAGAUAACAAUUCUGUCUACGAUGAAACAAAAAGGAAAACAAAUGGAAAUAAAAAUAUUGUUUCUAUUGAAAUAUAUGAUCAUGCAAAACAGACAGAAAAUGACUAUUACACAACAGAUACUCAAAGACAACAUGAACCAUGUGAACAUCUUAAUGACCCCACGUAUGAAAAGUCUGGACCAUGUGACCAUCCUAAUGACCCCAUGUACGAUCAGUCUGGACCAUGUGACCAUCUUAAUGACCCCAUGUACGAUCAGUCUGGACCAUGUGAACAUCUUAAUGACCUCACGUAUGAUCAGUCUGGUCCUUUAGAAGCUGUCAUUUUCGAAAAGUGUGAAACAAAGCAAAGUAACACGGAAGAGCAAUGACAUAACAAAUAUUCCUCACAAUUUUAAUUCGACUGACUCUCACUGGUGGCUGAAUAUAUCUAUGCUUUAAAAGAUACAGAAAAACAAUCUCGAAGCAGAACCUUAAGCAUAAAAAAAUCUUAAAUGUUUGGGUAAGAAAAUGUUGGGGUACUUGUAUGAUAAAUUGCUACAGUAAUGAUGGUAAUAUUAUAUUGUUUUCAAUAUGAAAAAAGGGGUUGUCCUCUACUGUGAAAGUUAUGAGACAUGAUAUUGUAUGUUUUUGUAAUUUUGUUAAACAUACCAGUUUGACUG